AUGAGAUUUAGCCAAACAAAAGAAGACAAAUAUAAGGAUCAAAUGUUAAUUAAACAGUCAAUAAAAGCAUCAAAUCAAGUUGCUCUCGAACUUGCUAGACUUGCAGAAGAAAAUAAAAGAACAAAUGCCGAAAUUGCUGCUAAUACUAGGAAAAAUAACGAGGAAUUGGAUGCUCUAAAAACGGAAAACAAAAAUCUUAAAAACCAAGCCGAGAAAGAUAAGAAAAUUGAAAAGCCUCCACCAAAAGAAACAAAAAAUGUGUAUCAAGAGAAAGAAAAAAAGACUGAACAGAAAAUUGACAAAUGUGGAGGAGAUGCUUUAGGCGAAGCAUCGAAAGGCAAUUUUCGACCUGGACUUAAGCAAGUUGCUAAAGAAGGGGGUGACUGGGCUGCAACUGGUGCGAAGGGAUAUUGUAAAAGGAAAUUAAAAAUCUUUUCAUUUGCUUGUGAUCCGCUUGUUGAUGGCGUGAAAAGUGAAAUUGUAGAUCCUCAAAUUGAUUUGGCAUGCAAAAAAUAUUUAAAUUAA